GUCCCGCCUUUACGACUUAACGAUGAACCAACAACAUUAUCACAAUCUUCUCACCUAUUAGCUAAUCAUAAACAACAAGGCCAACGCCAGUCUAUUUUUAGACAGCAAAGCAAAGAAGUACCAUCACUAGAACGUUGCCCUUGUUGUAAUAAUUCACCUUCUUCCUCAACUUUUGAAAGGCAACACAAUAUAAUAUCCUCUUUUACUUCAACAACACAUAAUGUUCCCCAAAUUCAUAUUGAACAAGGAUGGACAGAAAAUGUUGAGGAAGGGAUUGGGACAGUUGGAAGUGAUGGAGAAUUACUUCCUCAAACGAGUGAUUCUCAAGGGAAACCACCGCCAAUUAGAAGAAGAGGAAGUAAUUCUCCAUCACUUCCAACUGUCCCAAUCCCUUCCUCAACAUUUUCUGUCCAUCCUUGUUCAAUAUGAAUUUGGGGAACAUUAUGUGUUGUUGAAGUAAAAGAGGAUAUUAUAUUGUGUUGCCUUUCAAAAGUUGAGGAAGAAGGUGAAUUAUUACAACAAGGGCAACGUUCUAGUGAUGGUACUUCUUUGCUUUGCUGUCUAAAAAUAGACUGGCGUUGGCCUUGUUGUUUAUGAUUAGCUAAUAGGUGAGAAGAUUGUGAUAAUGUUGUUGGUUCAUCGUUAAGUCGUAAAGGCGGGACUU